AUGCUUAAUUUUACUGGUCAAACAAGAAGAAGAAAUAUCAAUCUUGGUAAUAGGAACAGAACCACUAAAAAUGAUUUACUACAAAAUGCUCAAAGAGAGCGUGAAAAGAGAGCUAAUGAAAAAUUGCAGAAUACAAUGAUUACAAGAAUUCAAAAAAAGAUUCGUAUGUAUCAGCAAAGAAUGAAGACUGUUAACUUAUUAUUAAAUAAGAUAACAGUACAUCAGGCAAAAGGGUUUUUUCUAGUUUAUGGAGGAACGAUUUUACAAUUCUUUGCAAGAGAAUCCUUUUUAAAAUUAUGUAAGCUUACUAAAAAUGGCUUACAUCUUACUGGUGAUUCAUUUAGUAAUAUUCAAAUUUGUAAUAUGAUGUUAUUAACAGAAGAUUCUGAAAUCCUGGAACUUUUAUUGGAUAUGAUUAAUAUCAGCCAGCAUAUCGACCUAUCAUAUUUUUUACAUGGCAUAAAUAAUUAUUUUGAAAAAUCUCCAAUUGAAAACUUCAAAAUCUCUCAGAAAAUUAGUAAGAUAAUUGAAAAAUGGAUUACGCUUGAUAAAUCAACUUUAACUUCGUUAUAUUGUAAAGAUAUAUGUAAAAUGCGAACCCCAAUGAACUAUUUAUUUGUUAUAAAUGAAUUGAUACGAAAAAAUUUAAUACCAAUAACAAUAUAUGAAGACUUAUAUGAAGUUACUGAUAUUAUUAGAUUGUUAAAUAAUCUUGUAGCCAUUAAACAAAUACAGAUAUCUCAAUCUGGAGCAGAAGAAGAAGAAGAAAAAGAAAAUAAUAAUACAUUAAUUUUGAUAAUUACUAAAUGUUUAGAUAAAAUUAGUCCUGAAAUUGCAGAAAAUUAUCAGAAGGAAUUACAACCAAUUCUUGAUAUAAUAUCACAAAAAACUUAUAUUGAUCAAAUAUAUUUGAUAUCUCAAUCUCAAAACAAUAAUAUACAAAAUUAUGAUAUUUUUUUAUUACUUUUAAUGUUUAAUAGAGAUAUUGAUAGUCGAUAUUCAUUACUCAUCACACUAUUGGGUAAUCCUUUUAUUUUAUCUUCUCUAAUGAGUAAAUUUGGGAAAACUCCUACCACAACAGAAGUUAACUCUAAUCAAUUUCAAUUACUUGUUCAACUAUUAGAUUUUAAAUUAACUUUAAUGACAGAUCAUGAAUUAUUAUAUGGUGAUACAAAAAAUCAAAUGCAUAAUGAUACUAAUCAAACUAGUACUAUAUCUCUAAUUGAGUUAAAGAAUUUUACUAUUGAAUUGAAAAAUGUUAUUUUUCGAACGAUUUGGGAGAAUGGUCAAACCAAUCAAUUAACUGAAAACCAAUAUAAUGAUUGUUUAAAUUUAUUGAAAAAAAUUUAUUUAAAGGAUUCUAGAACAAGAAUGUUUCAAACCAUUAAUGAAACAGUAAAUAGAAAUGGAAAAACUAACGAUGAAACUAAAGAUUUUUGGAGCAUUAAUGAUAAAGAUUUCCAAAGGAUUAAUAUAUCCAAUGAGAUGAACGAAUAUGAACAUAAAUAUCGAGUAUUAAUUAAUGAAAAUGAAGAAGAAGAAGAUUACGAAGAUGAUGGAGAUGUUGUAAUGAAACAAGGCAACGAUAGAUCUUAUAAUAAAGAAACCAUAAGCAGAGUUAUUUUAAACAUAUUUUCUAAUUCUUCAUCAUUUAAGACAUAUAAUAAACAAUAUAAAAAAUUACGCAUAUUGAUAGAGGUACCCUUUUUCAUCCCCUUUCAUGAAAGAAUCGAAUUAUUCAAUUUAUUUAUCGCCAUGGAUAAAAGUCGCUUGCGCAUUAAUGAUGAAGAAGACGGAGGUAUCAAUAUUAAUAAUUUGACAAGCUUUUUAACGGGGACACGUAGUUCAAUUUCUAUGAGACAACAUGCUACUAUUUCAAGGAAAAAUCUUUUAAAAGAUGCAUUUGAAUCCUUUAAUAAAAUUGGUGAACGAUUUAAAGGUAAAUUGAGUGUUCAAUUUAAAAAUGAAUUUGAUGAGAUAGAAGUUGGAAUUGAUGGGGGUGGGAUUUCCAAAGAAUUUUUGACAAGUCUUUGUGCUGAAAGUUUCAAUGGUGAUUCUAGAUUGUUCCAAAAUAAUGAACAAUAUGAGAUAUAUCCUAAAGUAGAAGGAAUCAAAAGUGAAGAUAUGAGAUACUAUUGGUUUCUAGGAAAAGUUAUUGGUAAAUGUCUUUAUGAACAUACAUUAGUCGAUGUUCAAUUUGCCCCUUUUUUCUUAAGAAAACUAUUAAAUUAUAAAAAUCAAUUUAAAUCAAAUAUUGAUGAUUUAAAUAAUUAUGACCCAACUAUUUAUGAGAAUCUAAUGAAAUUGAUCCAUAUGAAUGAAGAAGAAUUAAUGACUAUGGAUUUAAGUUUCAAGAAAAACGGCGAAGAUGAAAAAGUGAACAAGAGAAAUGUAAUUAGAUAUUUGAUGGAAUAUUGUAAUAGAAAGUUGAAUGAAGAAUUGAAUAGACAAACUAGAGCAUUCCAUGGUGGGCUGAGCGUAAUCAUCGCACCUCAUUGGAUGGAUAUGUUCAAUUCAAUAGAAUUACAAGAAUUAAUCUCUGGUGACGGUAACGAUAUUGAUCUCAUGGAUUUGAAAAAUAAUAUCAAUUAUGGGAUAUAUGAUCAAAAGGAUCUAACUAUACAAUAUCUAUGGGAAGUGUUGGAAGAGAUGGAUAGUAAAGAACGAUUAAAAUUCGUCAAGUUUGUCACAAGUAUCCCCAGAGCUCCUCUCCAAGGGUUUGGAUCCUUGAAUCCAAAAUUUGGUAUCCAUAAUGCAGGUGAUAAUACUAAUCUACUUCCAACAGCAUCUACAUGUGUCAAUCUAUUGAAACUACCCAAUUAUCGCAACAAAGAACUUCUACGAUCCAAAUUAUUGUAUGCAAUCAAUGCGGGUGCUGGGUUUGACCUAUCUUAG